CUUAAGGUCUGUUCCAAGAGCCGCACAUUCCUACUUUGAUACGAUUCCCUCCUCGGUUGAGUGGAAAAAUGAUCUACAAGUGGUUGUUACUUUUCCUUCAUAUUUUUCGGUGUCUGGGCCUGGAGAACCGCCCAGAUCCCCGCAUAGUUGGCGGCUUUCCAGCUGAUAUUGCCAACAUUCCGUACAUAGUAUCCGUACAAUUGUUCGGCAUACACCACUGCGGUGGCUCUAUAGUAGAUAACCAUACCAUUCUCACUGCCGCCCAUUGCCUAAACGGAGUUUCCCAUCGCCUGCUGAGGGUUAAGGUUGGAGGAACGUCGAGAUAUCGCCAAGAUGGGCAACUGUUCUCGGUGGCCGGUCUGCAGAUCCACGAUAAGUUCAAUGCCAAGACUAUGGACUAUGAUAUUGGCAUAAUCCGGCUGGCCAAAAACCUCACCUUGUCCAAUAAGGUAAAGGCCAUUCCUGUGAACCCCAAGAGAGUGGCCGAUGGCACCUAUGCUACCAUAGCUGGCUGGGGCUUCAAGUCCAUGAAUGGUCCGCCAUCGGAUAGCUUGAGAUAUGCCCGGGUUCCCAUCGUUAACCAGACAGCCUGCAGAAACCUGCUGGGGAAGAGCGUGACCGACCGGAUGCUCUGUGCAGGAUACCUUCAAGGAGGCACGGAUGCCUGCCAGAUGGACUCGGGGGGACCGCUGUCAGUGAGGGAGCAACUGGUGGGCAUUGUGUCCUGGGGAGUUGGGUGCGCCUUGGCCGAUAAGCCAGGCGUCUACUCCCGCCUCGAUGCACUGUAUCCCUGGCUAGACCAGGUCUUAAAUAAAGGAAACUAAACUGAAA